AGCUUCUUGACCCCAAUGACUGUUUUGGACAACACAGAGACAACAACAAUGAUAGCUUUGCUGCUGCUGGCGCUGGUCGCUCACUCCUUUGCUCUGCCUCUGGCGUCUGGGGACAAAGACAACCAGCUUUUAGCAGAGAAGUACCUCCGUCGGUUCUAUGGGCUUCCAACUGGUCUCCAAGGGAGACAGAGAUCAUCGGGUGACUUUCAGACCAAGAUCAAGGCGAUGCAGAGCUUCUUCAAACUCAAGGUGACUGGGAAUCUGGACGACAACACUUUGAAGGUGAUGAAGCAGGCCAGAUGUGGCGUCCCUGACAUCGGGGAGUACAAUCACUUCCCUCGUCACCUCAAAUGGCAAAACAACAAUGUCACAUUCAGGAUAGUGAAUUAUACACCAGAUCUGAAGAAGUCUGAUGUAGACAGAGCCAUCCGCAAUGCGCUGAACGUUUGGUCUGAUGUCACCCCUCUGAUCUUUAAGAAGCUGCACAAAGGCAUUGCUGACAUUAUGAUCAGUUUUGGAGCAAAAGAGCAUGGAGAUUACAACCCUUUUGAUGGGCCUAAUGGAUUGCUGGCUCAUGCCUACCCACCCGGCCAAGGUCUCGGAGGAGACACUCACUUUGAUGAGGAUGAAAAUUGGACAAAAGAUUCAUCAGCUUACAACCUGUUUGUAGUGGCGGCCCAUGAGUUGGGCCACGCCCUCGGUAUGUCCCACUCGUCAGAUGCCGGCGCCCUGAUGUACCCCAUCUACUCAUACACUACAGGCUACCCACUGGCUGAGGAUGACAUUGAAGGCAUUCAAGCUCUCUACGGCCCAAACCCAAACCCAAGAAAAGUGAAGCCAAAGCCUGAUGCACCAAACAAAUGUGACCCCAUGUUAAGUUUUGAUGCUGUUACCGAGCUCAGAGGGGAAACCAUCAUCUUCAAAGACAGAUUCUACUGGCGUCUUCAUCCUCAGAUGCCGGAGCCUGAGCAAACACUAAUCAAGUCCACGUGGCCCACCAUCCCCAACAAGGUGGACGCAGCAUACGAGAAUCCAGAGAAGGAUCUUGUCAUCAUAUUUAGUGGGAUCCAGAUGUGGGCUUUGAAUGGAUAUAACCUUGUGAAUGGUUAUCCAAAGUACAUACACAAACUUGGUCUUCCCAAGAAAAUAAGAAAAAUAGAUGCAGCUGUGCACAUUGGAGACACCGGGAAAACUCUGCUCUUUACUGAUGAGGACUAUUGGAGCUAUGAUGAAGCAGCAGGCACCAUGGACAGCGGUUACCCACGAUCCAUUGAGGAAGAUUUUCCUGGGAUGGAUGACGAGUUUGACGCAGCUGCUUAUCACUAUGGAUUCUUGUAUUUCUUCCAUGAACACAUGCAGUACGAGUACAGUUACACCUCAAGGAAGGUCAUUCGCAUCAUGAGGACCAACUCCAUUCUGAACUGCUGAUGAGGUGGUCUACAACCGACAGUGAUGGCAUCAAAAAUAUAUGUUGCUGCAUCAUGGCACACAACACAUCUCCGCAAUAAACAAAAUACACAAAUGUUAAAAAUGGAACAUAGGAAGAUGCAGUUCAUUGAAUGAGCAAGGAAAUGGAGACAUGCAGGGUUGACCUGUUACAGUUAAAGUUUAUUUUUUACUAGUGCUGGACACCUGUAGGUUAUAAAGUAUAAUGUGUCAGAAAUAGAAUGCUGGAAAAUUCCUCAGAGAUAUAUUUCCUCAGAUUAUUGCUAUUUAUUUUACAUCUUUAUAUUUGUACUACAAGUGUCUCUAUGGACAGCAAGAUCCUUAGCAGGUUAAGUUUCUUGUCAGUGACGGUUUAGCUGUUUUGUAAGCUCAUUGUUUGACUACGUGUUUAACUAACAUAGUAUUUCAACAGAGGGCGCAGCAGUUUAAUAUUUUCUUGUUGUUGUUUUUAGAUUUUUGUAAAUUGUGUGAAUUACAAUAAAAGCAGAGAAAUGAAA